AUACAGUCUCCAUGGUCUAUAUACUAAGUAAGCUAAGUAGUGAGUUCUAUUUUUCUUUCUUUCUGUCUCAUACCUUCGACAAGUAGUACAACAUAAAUAUAUAACAUGAAGUUGAACGUUUCUUACCCUGCAACUGGGUGUCAAAAACUUUUUGAAAUCGCAGAUGAACAUAAACUAAGGAUAUUUUACGAGAAACGUAUGGGGGCCGAAGUUGAAGCUGAUUCAUUGGGUGAUGAAUGGAAAGGUUAUGUUGUGCGCAUAGCUGGUGGAAAUGACAAACAAGGAUUUCCAAUGAAGCAAGGUGUUCUGACAAAUGGUCGUGUUCGAUUAUUACUUUCUAAAAAUCAUUCAUGCUAUAGACCUCGACGUGACGGAGAAAGAAAACGUAAAUCUGUUCGAGGAUGUAUCGUAGAUGCUAAUUUAUCAGUUUUAGCUCUUGUUAUAGUCAAGAAAGGAGAACAGGAAAUACCUGGUUUGACUGACAUCAAUAUUCCUCGUCGAUUAGGACCAAAACGAGCUAGCAAAAUAAGAAAACUUUUCAAUUUAAACAAACAAGAUGAUGUUCGAAGAUUUGUUGUCAAACGACCCAUUCAAAAAGAGGGUAAAAAAGAAAGGUUCAAAGCACCCAAAAUUCAACGUUUGAUAACUCCCCUGACGUUACAGCGUAAGAGACAUCGAAUCGCCUUGAAAAAGAGACGCUAUUUAUCUAGAAAAGAGCAAGCAGCUGAAUAUGCUAAGUUAUUGGCACAAAGACAAAAAGAAGCUAAAGCUAGACGUCAAGAAGAACUAAAACGUAGACGCAGUGCUUCUAUAAGAGAUUCAAAAUCAUCUAAUCAAUCAGCUUCUUCCAAAUAAAGUAUUGUCACAUAUACUUUAAGCGAAUAAAAUAUAAUAAAUUGAA